UUCUAGCUAAUGUAACACCAGAGCAGAAAAAUACUUCCUUGAAAACAGUGAUCCAGAAAGGUACAUAAUUACUUUCUAAGUUCUGAUAUGAGUACAGUUCAUACUUUGUUUGUAACACAGGGUAGUCAGAAUAGUAGGUUUUAUUAUUUCAUGAUCACAAAUUAUAAUACUGGGCAAUGUAUGUUCAUAAAUAAUAAGUAUAGAAUAGUGUUUUUCUGAUGCAAAAAUAUGAAAAAAUAUUCAUUUAAAAUCAUCAUACCCAUUGUUGUCAAUUGGCUCAAAGAUUAUUUUGGUAUUCUAAAAGAGUGGUUCCAUUCAUUGACAUUGAACACUUGUAAAAAGUGUAUAUUUUUGUUUGUGCGUUUGUUUAAUGUGAGCAUAUAAAUUAUUGGAUGAGAGGCUGAACCUUUUCUGUGUGUGAGUGUAUAUGAGUGUAUUUUGUUUUAUAUGUAUCAGCCUGUGAGGGUAUGUACAUACACUAUGAACCUAAUGUGUCUAUACCUAUGCAGAUACUGAAAUUAAUUUUUAUUUUAAAAUUCACCUUGUUCUUGGAUGGCUAUAAAUAAUCUUUCUUCAGAAUAUCAUUGUGGUCGAUGUCCACCUCAGUGGUUAAUGUAUUCCAACAACUGCUAUUACCUGGGUACUGAACAAAAAACAUGGAAUGAGAGUUUGAUGGCCUGUGCUUCUUGGAACUCUAACCUGCUCUAUAUAGAUGAUAAAGAAGAAAUGAAUUUCAUGCAUAUUUUCAAUGCAUUUAUAUGGAUUGGAGUCUCCCAUAGAAACAGUAAUAAUUCAGACUUGUGGACAAAUGGCUCAGUUUUCUUUUCCAAACUAUUUUCAAAAACUUCAGAGUUGGACAAGAAUUGUGCAUUUGGGGAUUUUGAAGCACAAAAGCUCCACUUGGCAUCAUGUAAAAAAAAAAAACACUAUGUUUGUAAGCACCAGGCAGUGUGACUCACCUAAACUUGGUACAAUGUUACUCUCACUAUCUCUAAAGAACACAUUUCUAGUUCCUUCAAGAAUGCUGCAAUUAUUUUUGUAUUACUUU